CAGAAUAAAAAUAAAGGCACCGUAAAGGCAUCUCUCUGUCUCUCUGCAGACGACUCCUCAAACAAGAACAAACACUUGAAAAACAUAAAACAUACACCCCUGGCACAAACACGCUUUUGGGUUUCCUCUCUGGAUUAUUUGGGGUGAGGAAUUGUAACAUGGACAGAUCUCCGACCAUACACAUAGCUCUGCUGAAGGCAGGCUGGCUCUGGAGACAGACAUCCAUCUUAAAGCGGUGGAAGCUGAAUUGGUGUGACCUGUGGAUUGAUGGGAGCCUGGUCUUCUACAAGACGGACAGCAGGCGAGAAUUUGAGCACCGAGUGGGUCUCAAGACCAGCUGUGUGAGCGUCAAGUCUGGCCUGGAGAGUGCAGGUAUCUCUCCUCCAGAGAACCAGCCAAGUGAGAACAUGGUGGUGGUGCAGCUUAGAGAUGGCUCCACUGUGAUCCUGUGUGCAAACAGUGAGGACGAGGCACUAGCAUGGAAGUUGACAAUUCUAGAGGCGAGACGAAACCCAUUCCCAUAUGACCCAUACGAUGACUCGUACCAGUCCGUCCCAAUGGACGGCAACACCAUCUACCUCACCCCUGGAUCAGGUACCCACCACAUUCUGAUCCAGAGAGACCCAUACGACGGCAUAGGAGAGCAGGUGGCACUGGGGCUACUGGCGGGCAUGGCGGUGGGCGCUGCCAUGCGCUCCUUCCUCUUGAUGCCCUUGUUCUUCUGCUGAUAGAGAAGGUCUUUGAUCUGGACCAAGAUGAUUGCUUGGGCGCCCUCCCCCAGUGCGCUAGCUCCAUGAGCAGGGAGGCACGGUUGGGAAAUGCCCAGGCUGCUGUAGGCCUCAUUCCUACAAGUCUUAUUCUUGUAUUUCACACACAUUUUAUUUCCUGUUGCAGAAUAAUAGUGCACGAAUGUGUGUGUGUGUUUUAAGUUUUAAUGUCACAUGCACACGUACAGUGAAAUGCCUUUCUUGCAAGCUCUAACCACAACAAUGCAGUAAUCAAUAACGAUGUAAUACUAAAAAUAACAAGGUAGAACAAAAACACAGAAGAUAUAAAAAUAAUAAGAACACGAUAAAGUAAGCAAGCAUACUAUAUCAGGGUCAUUGUGUUUGUGUGAGCGUGCAUGCAUGUGUGAUUGAACGUGUGUGUUGACAAAUUGGUUUACAGAACAGGUUGAUGGUAACAUAAAUAUGUCCUUUAUAACAUAAGCUGUGUGAACUCAACCUAUUUAGUACAUUUACAUUACAUUUAAGUCAUUUAGCAGACGCUCUUAUCCAGAGCGACUUACAAAUUGGUGCAUUCACCUUAUGACACCCAGUAGAACAGUCACUUUACAAUAGUGCAUCUAAAUCUUAAAGGGGGGUGAGAAGGAUUACAUAUCCUAUCCUAGGUAUUCCUUAAAGAGGUGGGGUUUUCUGGUGUCUCCGGAAGGUGGUGAUUGACUCCGCUGUCCUGGCGUCGUGAGGGAGCUUGUUCCACCAUUGGGGGGCCAGAGCAGCGAACAGUUUUGACUGGGCUGAGCGGGAACUGUACUUCCUCAGUGGUAGGGAGGCGAGCAGGCCAGAGGUGGAUGAACGCAGUGCCCUUGUUUGGGUGUAGGGCCUGAUCAGAGCCUGGAGGUACUGAGGUGCCGUUCCCCUCACAGCUCCGUAGUAGAAAUGCAUAUGAAACAUAUACGGUAUGCAACAUACAGGGUGUAUGAAAAACAGCAACGUCCUGAUCCGUACAGAAUGUAUGUAAUGUAAUUCACUGAGUACAAUGCUGCUGUUGUUGUCAAAUUUAAUAAAAGUUUUCAAAGCCAUGGAUAUGAGAAUUAAUAUUCGAUGACAGAAUACUUCCAUGCUUAAUUCCUAUUUAGGACAUAAGGCUUCUGUCUGGAGAUGGUGUUCCAUGACAGACCACAGUCCUUCAUAUCCGUCUCCACUGUUCACCUACAUGUCUCUUU